GAAGGGGCCGGCGCCGGGGCCCGUGAGGCCGCCGCGCUCCCGCCGCUCGCAGCCGGGCCCGCGGGCCCCUUGCCGCGCUCACCAUGCCGCUGGGGCUGAAGCCCACCUGCAGCGUGUGCCGCAGCACGUCCUCCUCCAUGUGGAAGAAGGGCGGGCAGGGCGAGAUCCUGUGCAACAACUGCACGGCGCGCUCGGCGCCGCCCGCGCCCGCCGCCUUCGCCACCACCUCGGCCGCCGCCCAGCACAGCAACGGGGGCGGCGGGGGCGGCGGCGGCGGCGGCGGGAAACAGAGCAAGCAGGAGAUCCACCGCCGCUCCGCGCGGCUCAGGAACACCAAGUACAAGUCGGCGCCAGCCGCGGAGAAGAAGGUUUCCACGAAGGGGAAGGGCAGGAGGCACAUCUUCAAGCUGAAGAACCCCAUCAAGGCUCCUGAGUCCGUAUCCACUAUAAUUACAGCAGAAUCAAUCUUUUAUAAGGGUGUAUACUAUCAAAUUGGAGAUGUUGUCUCAGUCGUUGAUGAGCAGGAUGGAAAAACAUACUAUGCUCAGAUCCGCGGGUUUAUUCAGGACCAAUACUGUGAAAAGAGUGCUGCACUAACCUGGCUCAUUCCUACACAAGCCAGCCCCAAGGACUGUUUUGACCCAGCAUCCUAUAUCAUAGGACCAGAAGAAGAUCUCCCAAGGAAAAUGGAAUAUUUAGAAUUUGUUUGUCACGCGCCUUCGGAAUAUUUCAAAUCUCGAUCAUCUCCCUUCCCUACCGUUCCUACAAGGCCAGAGAAGGGCUAUAUAUGGACUCAUGUGGGACCUACUCCUGCAAUCUCCAUUAAAGAAACUGUUACCAAUAAUUUAUAAUUAUUUUUAAGGAAUACUUCGGACAAGUUAUUUUGCGUGUAUUCUCAGGCCCGUGAGCCUCAUACAAGAGUUUUUUAAAAAUUAUAAAAUGUGCCAUUUUACUUUAUGGAUUACAGGAUUUAUUUAUUUAAAAUAUAUCUUUCAAGUGGAAGUUUCCAUUCCAGUUUAUGCAUCAUUUCAGUGCUCUGUUCUUCAGACACUAUUGCUCAUUUUGGGACAAACCCACAAGUUUCAUGCCAUCUUUUGACUUCUCAUAGUUGCCUUUAGUUUUCUUACUUUCUAAAUUAUUUUCCAGAAAAAGAGUUAAAAGACAUAAUCAUCCAGCACUUUAUAUACUUGUUUAAUUCAGUUAACUGUGACUGCAGUUUUUAUUUACUUGUUAAAUAAUUCAAGACUAGCUUCAGAUAAACACUAAACAUAGUCAGUGAUGCAGGUAAUGAUUUUCUGUUACGUGGAUUACCUGGAUUUCUCCAGACUGAAACCUCUCAUCCACAAGGAGGGACUUGUAUUUAACAGUCAUCUUUUAAGGGAAUUUUGUUUCUUUGAGUCUGAAACGUAAUGUCUGUAGCUUUCUGCUAAACUUUACUUAUAUAAGGGCAUAAGUCUCUUGGAAAGUUGGAUGCAAAUUUAAAAAUUAUUAUUAUUUGGCUUUGCCAUCCUGGCAUCCUCAUGGCAGGAAUGUAUCUAUCUGCAUUUCCUGAGCAAACUUACACGGAGGUAUGAUCUGAGUUUAAAAUUGAUUUUAAAUUGUUUUUUCAGUCUUUCCAAUUAAUGGUGACUUAAAAAAUCCUCAUGCAAUUAAAAUGAAAAAAAAUCACAUUUGCUAAGAGAAAUAAAAACUAAUUUUAUGUAUUGACA